UGUGCGCGUCGACUUCGAUGCCGCCCACGCCAUUGUCGCGGCGUGAGUACAAAUGGGGGGAGGGGCGUUGGAGGAGGAAGCGAUGCGCGUUGGAGUCGCCGUGGAAACCUAUGUUUGCAAACACUGGUGUGACGGUGCCGUGCUUACUGGGGGCCGAGGAGAAAAUGUAUUAUCCAGUGUCCGCUCGUCGACCGACUACAUUUCACGCGAUGGGAAACGGAUGAUCCGAGUACUGUAAAAAACGAAGGGGAAAAAAAAUUAGAUGGGAUCUUACUGUUGCAAAUUCGGGGCCGCGAAAGAGCCGAAAAAAAUGGUGUACUCGUGGGUGGAACGCAAACACUUGGACCCCGCGGACUACGUGAUGGAAAACGUGAACGGUCGCACGGCGUACAAGCCACCCGGCUCUAUCGGUGGUCAACAGUUUAUCGUGCGCAACUGCCAAGACGCCGAGAUCUUCCUGCUGGACCACGCCGGUUCGGUGACCGUGGACGACUGUCAGAGGUGUACCAUCCUUCUGGGACCGACCAAACAGAGCGUAUUUGUAAGGGACACGACGGAUUCAACAGUGAUUGUGGCUUGCGGUCAGUUCAGGGUUCGGGAUUGUACGUCCUUAAAGAUCGCGUUGUUUUGCUCCACACAGCCGGUGAUCGAGUCCAGUCGGGAAUUGCAGUUCAGUUGCUAUCAAUUAUACUACAACCAGUUGGCCGAUCAGUUUAAUAAAGCCAAUCUCAACGUAUGGAACAACCACUGGAGGACGGUGUACGAUUAUACGUGGAACGAAGGCGAUAAUUGGACGGUGAACAAAGAUCCUAUUGCUAUAGAACUGCCCAGUGAAUUACUCAAAUACGGUAUUACAGUUGAAUCCAAAAAGUCACUCGUGCCGCUCACCAAAUGCGAUCAACAGAGCGGUGAAAAUUGCUUCGUGGCGUUUGCAUGCGAAACCGAAGCCACCAGAUUCGUACAAGCUCUACAAUCACAUGACACAGAUUUAAUUCUGAUCAAAUGCAACCACAUUGAUGGAAAAGAUGUAAAAAUGUUUCAAGAACGAGCAAAACUGUUUGGAAAUAAAAAAGUUUCAUCGGUGAUAGCUUUACAGAUACAGGGGACACAUGCUACGAGCAAAUGUUCGGCGAUAUUAGCCAAUGAUUUUCCUCAAUUUACUGCAAUGAUCAGUAAAUCAGAUGUUGAAGCUGGAGAACUAAUUAAAAAGUUUUUUUUUUUAAUCGAAAAUGAAUUUCAACCAUAAGUAUUGUAUUUAUCGAUUUACAUAAAUUGGAUUAUACUUUUAAUAAAAUUCAUGAAUUUUUAAAUAAAUCUUUUAAUAGUAAU